AUGAACGAUAUAAUAAAUGAACAAACUAAACAAGGUAACUUGGGUGGCAAAAAUGAAACAUUAGGAAAAAAAUCAUCAUCUUCUGAUAAUAUUGUUAAUUUUUUUUUUUUUAUUACUGGUGAAAUUACAGAUAGUUCAUUUGAUAAUAGUGUAGAUCCAUUUGUUAGAAUAGAAAAUAAAGAUGAAACCAAAUGGUGUUUUUAA